AUGGAGAUUAAACACAGGGCCUUGCACACGCUAGUUUACUCGUUAAACACGUUGUCUAAUUUCAGAGCUUACAAUCCAGCAAAGGAGGUGACUCACAAACCCCGGGCGACUGGACGAGUGGCGCAUGCGCACGGUCGGGCUUCCCGCAGUGGGAGCCGCAGGCACUACCCGGAAACGCACUCCGGGCUCAGCGAGGAGAGCAGCCGUGCGGCCCCGAGCGGAGGGGUCGCCCGCCCGGGAUGCCCGGAAGAUGGAGGCGCCGGCCGCAUCUCUCCCCCUAAUGCGCGGGCGUCAGACCUGCCGCCCCCGCUACACCCAACCUGCCUUGCCGCUGGCCGACUGCCGCCUCCACCCCGACUAAAACUUCAGCCUCCAGAACCGCAGAGCCCGCCACCGGGGAACGCGGAAAGUGACUUCCGGGAUGUUGCCAGGGUUACCAGAGCCCCGCCCCCACGCCUUUGCGUACAUCCGGCGAGCCCCUCGGCCGCGUCCCAGAACCCGCGCCCAGUGGAUGGCUGGGGCCGUGUUUUCUCUUGUUCUGUUUCCAUCCAGAGAGCGCACUGCAGAGGGCUGAAGGGCGCGCUCGUCAUAAGCCUCGAGAAGUCUCCAAAAGAAACGUUUCUCUGCACGCCAGGCUCCGCAUAUCGCACUUAUUUGCCUUCACUUUUUUUCACUUACUUAAAAAUAUUUCUUACCACCUACCUGUGUGUCAAACACGCUAGGUUCACUAGGAACUAAAAACAGACCCUGCCCUCAAGAAGUUUACAGCACCGUAGCAGAAAGCUGUGGGUGACAGAAACGGGCACGGUGAAAAUAGUGGCAGAUCUUAGAAAGAAUCGUACAAACUUGAGAGUGCCGUUACAGGAAUGUUUUAAUUUCUCGGGAAAGCUGAAAUUCAAGGAGGGGCAGACCAUCAAAAGCAUUUCUACAGAGGGAAUUGCCUGCGCAAGGAUGUAUGUCAAAUGGCAGUGGAUGAGUAGAAGUUGAGAGAAAUUUGGUGGUUGUGCUUGGAUUGGAGCCAAGGUGUGCAUAACUUCGCUGAUCAUGUUAAGGACAUAACAGUGAACUUCUUAUUCUUGAUAACCUCCUUUGUAGGCCCUGGCCUUCUACUGUAAAGAAAGAGCUACACAUGGAUCAACAGAUAUAUAUUCAGAGUCAUCUAGGUGCAAGGAACUGCCUUCUGGGAGUCUCCACUGAUUUGAUGCGGAUGUGUUAGUCAUCUGGCAAGUUUCCAGCACUGACUUUCCUAAGUGUUGCAGCUGCACAUGUAUAACCAUCCACUAUGGCCACCAAAGCCC